AUGAUUGCCGCGGCUUUCCUGGUCCUGCUGAGACCCUACAGCAUCCAGUGCGCCCUCUUCUUGCUGCUGCUGCUGCUGGGGACCAUCGCCACGAUCUUAUUCUUCUGCUGCUGGCACCGCAGGCUCCAGAAAGGGAGGCAUCCCAUCAAAUCCGUCUUUUCAGGUCGCUCAAGGAGCCGAGAUGCUGUCAUGAGAACUCAUCACUUUCGCUCUGAGGGCUUUAGAUCAAGUCCUCGUCAUGCUAGAAGACGUGUAGCACCUCGCCUUGAGGAAACACAACCUAUAGUGGAAGCUCACCACCUAAGUGAGCAGGAAACUUCUGUAAGAAAAAGAAAAAUCAAGAAAAGCAGCCGAGUUCAACCAGAAUUUUAUCAUUCUGUUCAAGUUACUCCAACUCGAAAACCUAGCUCCGGCAACGCGUCCUACCGAUGCUCCAUGUCGUCCUCCGCCGAUUUCUCCGACGAGGAGGACUUCAGCCAGAGGUCGGGGACCGUGUCGCCGGCGCCGGGGGACACGCUGCCCUGGAACCUGCCCAAACACGAGCGGUCCAAGCGGAAGAUCCAGGGCGGCUCCGUGCUGGACCCCGCCGAGAGGGCCGUGCUGCGCAUCGCCGAUGAGCGGGACAAAGUACAAAAGAAGACCUUCACAAAAUGGAUAAAUCAACAUCUCAUGAAGGUUCGAAAGCAUGUGAAUGACCUAUAUGAAGACCUAAGAGAUGGACAUAACUUGAUCUCACUUUUAGAAGUCCUUUCUGGAGAUACCUUGCCCCGAGAAAAAGGUCGGAUGCGUUUUCACAGGCUCCAGAACGUCCAAAUUGCACUUGACUAUUUGAAAAAACGCCAGGUGAAACUGGUUAACAUUAGAAAUGAUGACAUAACAGAUGGGAAUCCCAAAUUGACUUUGGGGUUGAUAUGGACCAUAAUUUUGCACUUUCAGAUAUCUGAUAUCCAUGUUACUGGAGAGUCAGAGGACAUGUCUGCUAAAGAGAGACUGCUCCUGUGGUCGCAGCAGACAACCGAGGGUUAUGCUGGAAUCCGUUGUGAAAAUUUCACUACCUGCUGGCGCGAUGGAAGAUUAUUUAAUGCCAUCAUUCAUAAAUACAGGCCGGACCUGAUAGACAUGAAUACCGUUGCUGUUCAAAGCAACCUUGCAAAUUUAGAACAUGCUUUUUUUGUAGCAGAAAAACUUGGUGUUGCCAGGCUUCUGGAUCCUGAAGAUGUUGAUGUUUCCUCACCUGAUGAGAAGUCAGUAAUAACUUAUGUGUCAUCACUUUAUGAUGCAUUUCCCAAAGUACCAGAAGGUGGUGAAGGCAUCGGUGCAAAUGAUGUUGAAGUCAAAUGGGUUGAAUAUCAGAAUAUGGUGAACUACCUCAUGCAGUGGAUCAGACACCAUGUCACGAUAAUGUCUGACAGAACAUUUCCCAACAAUCCUGUGGAAUUGAAGGCACUUUAUAAUCAAUAUUUACAGUUUAAAGAAAAAGAAAUUCCACCAAAGGAGACAGAUAAAUCAAAAAUUAAACGUCUAUAUAAACUGCUAGAGGUCUGGAUAGAAUUUGGACGCAUCAAACUUCCUCAAGGCUAUCAUCCAAAUGAUAUAGAAAAAGAAUGGGGAAAGCUUAUUAUUGCCAUGCUGGAAAGAGAGAAGACCCUUCGGCCUGAAGUGGAGAGGUUGGAAAUGCUGCAGCAGAUUGCAAACAGAAUUCAGCGGGACAGCCGGAGCUGUGAGGACAAACUAAUACUUGCCCGGAAUGCUCUGCAGUCUGACACCAAGCGAUUAGAGUCAGGGCUCCAGUUCCAACAUGAAGCAGAGAUAGCUGGGUAUCUUCUUGAAUCUGAGAACCUUCUCCGCCAGCAAGUGAUUGAUGCCCAAAUUCUUAUUGAUGGAAAAUACUAUCAGGCAGACCAGCUUGUGCAAAGAGUUGCAAAACUUCGUGAUGAACUGAUGGCCAUACGGACCCAAUAUUCUUCUGUGUACAACAAGGGGCAUGCACUGACAACAGAACAGACAAAGCUGAUGAUAUCAGGAAUAACCGAAAGCUUAAACUCAGGAUUUACAACAGACCUAACCCCUGAAUUAAAUGCUGCAAUGACCCAAGGUUUAACACCUACUUUGACUUCUUCCAGCUUGACAUCUGGCCUUUCAUCAGGUCUUACUUCCAGACUGACACCAACCAUCACUCCUGCUUACACACCAGGCAUCCCGCCACGGUUAAUUCAAAGCUAUGUGACAGGAGUAGACAGUGGGACUCUGCAAACACUCAAACUGAUGCAAAUCAGAAAACCCCUUAUGAAAUCAGCUUUUGUGGAUCAGAAUUUAACAGAAGAAGAGGUGAACAUGAAAUUUGUCCAGGACCUGUUGAGCUGGGUGGAAGAAAUGCAGGUGCAACUUGAUCGAGCAGAAUGGGGUUCAGAUUUACCAAGUGUUCAAAGCCAUUUAGAAAAUCACAAAAAUGUCCACAAGGCUAUUGAGGAAUUUGAAUCCAGCCUUAAAGAAGCUAAAAUCAGUGAGAUCCAAAUGACUGCCCCUCUUAAACUCAGUUAUGCAGAAAAAUUGCACAAACUGGAGAGUCAGUAUUCAAAACUCUUGAACACAUCGAGAAAUCAGGAAAGGCAUCUAGAUACUCUUCACAAUUUUGUGUCUCGUGCUACUAGAGAGCUGAUAUGGCUGAAUGAAAAAGAAGAGGAAGAGGUUGCAUAUGACUGGAGUGAAAGAAACCCCAAUAUAACAAGAAAAAAGGAAUACCAUGCAGAAUUAAUGAGAGAACUUGAUCAAAAAGAAGAAGUUAUUAAAUCAGUACAAGAAAUAGCUGAGCAAUUGCUUCUUGAAAAUCACCCAGCCAGGCUAACCAUUGAGGCCUAUAGAGCUGCAAUGCAGACACAAUGGAGCUGGAUUCUUCAGCUCUGUCACUGUGUUGAACAACAUUUGAGAGAAAAUGCUGCAUAUUUUGAGUUUUUCAGUGAUGCCAAAGAAGCCAUGGAAUAUUUGAAGAAUUUGAAAGAUGCCAUACACCGAAAAUACAGUUGUGAUAGAUCAAGCAGCCUUCACAGGCUGGAAGACCUUAUCCAGGAGUCUAUGGAAGAAAAAGAACAACUCUUGCAGUAUAAGAGCACAGUAGCAGGCCUUGUGGGGAGAGCAAAGGCAAUAAUUCAGCUGAAGCCAAGGAACCCCGACUGUAUACUCAAAACAUCCAUCCCAAUUAAAGCCAUCUGUGACUACAGACAAAUUGAGAUAACAAUUUACAAAGAUGAUGAGUGUGUAUUAGCAAACAACUCCCAUCGUGCUAAAUGGAAAGUCAUUAGCCCGAGUGGUAAUGAGGCCAUGGUUCCAUCUGUAUGCUUUACAGUUCCUCCACCAAACAAAGAAGCAAUAGAUACAGCUAACAGGAUUGAACAGCAAUUUCAGAAUGUUCUGGCCCUUUGGCACGAGUCACAUGUAAACAUGAAGAGUGUGGUGUCCUGGCAUUACCUGACAAAUGAAAUUGAAGCUGUUCGAGCUGGCAAUGUUGCCUCGAUAAAGACGAUGUUGCCAGGUGAACAUCAGCAGGUUCUAAGCAAUUUGCAGUCCCGUUUUGAUGAUUUUGUGGAAGAUAGCCAGGAGUCCAAAAUCUUUACAAGCUCCGAUACAGCACAGCUGGAAAGGGAAGUUAAUGUUUGCAAGCAAUACUAUCAAGAGCUUCUGAAAUCUGCAGAAAGAGAGGAGCAGGAAGAAUCUAUUUACAAUCUGUAUAUCUCCGAAGUCAGAAAUAUCAGACUUCAGCUGGAGAGUUGUGAGGAGCGGUUAAUACGGCAGAUCCGAACCCCAAUGGAAAGGGAUGAUCUACAUGAAAGUGUGUUUAGGAUUUCAGAGCAAGAGAAACUGAAGAAAGAACUGGAUCGACUGAAGGAUGACCUGGGAGUCAUCACAGAUAAAUGCGAAGAGUUUUUCGGUCAAGCUGCUGGUUCACCUUCAGUCCCUACUCUGCGCUCUGAACUCAACGUUGUUAUUCAGAACAUGAACCAAGUUUAUUCCAUGUCUUCCAUUUACAUAGAUAAAUUAAAAACUGUAAAUUUGGUGCUGAAGAACACCCAAGGAGCAGAAUCAUUAGUAAAACUCUAUGAAACUAAGUUGUGUGAAGAAGAGGCGGUAACGGCUGACAAAAACAAUAUUGAAAAUCUGAUGGGUACAUUAAAGCAAUGGAGAUCUGAAGUAGAUGAGAAAAGACAAGUGUUCCAUGCCUUAGAGGAUGAACUGCAGAAGGCAAAGAUGAUCAGUGAUCAGAUGUUUAAAAUGCACAAGGAACGUGAUCUUGACUUUGACUGGCAUAAAGAAAAAGUUGAUCAGUUAGCCGAGAGGUGGCAAAACAUUCAUUCUCAAAUUGAAAAUAGGUUGCGUGACUUAGAAAGUAUUAAUAAGUCUCUGAAGUAUUACAAGGAUACCUACAAUUCUUUGGACACAUGGAUUCAACAGGUGGAAGAUACUCAGCGAAAGAUUCAAGAAGUCCAUCCUGAAAAUAGCAAGGCAUUGGCUAAACAGCUGAACCAACAUAAGAUGCUGGUUUCUGAGAUUGAAAUGAAACAAAGCAAAAUAGAUGAAUGCCAGAAGUAUUCAGAACAAUACUCAGCUGCUGUGAAGGACUAUGAGUUGCAGACUAUGACCUACAGAGCUAUGGUUGACUCCCAGCAAAAAUCUCCAGUGAAACGCCGAAGAAUGCAAAGCUCAUCAGACUUCAUUAUUCAAGAGUUCAUGGAUUUACGGACUCGUUAUACUGCCUUAGUGACCUUGAUGACGCAAUACAUCAAGUUUGCAGGUGACUCUUUGAAAAGACUGGAGGAGGAAGAGAAGUCAAUGGAAGAAGAAAAGAAGGAACAUGUUGAGAAAGCUGGGGAUUUACUGAAAUGGGUGUCAGACCUCAGCAAGACACUCAGCAAAGACGAAGGAGAAAAGGCUGAAAAGACAGAUUUGCCUAAGCAGCAGAUUUCCCUGGAUGAAGUAUCAACCAAGAAAGAACAAAUAGCUGAAGCUCUGCAGACUACUCAGUCAUUUUUAGCUAAGCACAGUGACAAAAUGACGGAUGAAGAGAGAAGUGAAAUGGAAAAGCAAGUCAGAUCCCUCCAGGAGAGCUACAGCCUGUUAUCCAAUGAAGCUUUGAAGCUGCUGCAGGAAGCACAGUAUCUGAGUGAUGAAAAGAUGGAAGAAAAGGAUGUGGCUGAACGGCAGCAGGAAUGCAAAGAGAAACUGCAGGAAAUCUGUGAUUUGCUCACACAAACUGAAAAUCGACUCAUUGGACAGCAAGAGUCUCUUGUUAUUGGAGACAGCAAGGCUGAGCUAGAACAAUACCAGACCAAACAGGAGGAAAUACAAAAAGACAUGAGAAUGAGUGCCCAGACACUGGCAGAGAUUGUGAAAAAUACUGAAACUUUCUUGAAGGAGAAUGGAGAAAAGUUGUCACAAGAAGACAAGACUAUUCUUGAACAGAAACUGAAUGAAGCUAAGACAAAGUGUUUGCUCCUUAGCCAGAAGGCAGAAGAGUCCAAGAAAGAACUGGAUAAAGCUAUGACAACAGCAAUUAAGCAGGAAACAGAAAAGGUUGCAGCCAUAGAACAGCUGGAAGAAAGUAAAAAUACAAUAGAAAAUCUUUUGGAUUGGUUAUCAAAUGUGGAUAAAGAAGCGGAGCACAGCCGGAAAUUUAAGCAAGCAAUAGAACAGAAUGGAACACACUUUGGAAAGGGAGAUGUGAAGGCUUUGGAAGGAGAGGAAGAUGAUGUCAAUGGUAAUCUGCUGGAAAUUCAGCAAGACAUUGAAACUCAGGUGGAUGGACUAGUAAAAAGCACAGAAGAUAAUCUGAACCAGCAGUAUCAGAAAGUCAAGUCUCAACAUGAGAAAAUUAUUUCACAGCAGCAGGCUGUCAUAAUAGCAACCCAGUCUGCUCAGGCACUGCUUGAGAAACAAGGGCACUACCUUUCCCCUGAAGAAAAAGACAAGAUGCAAAGGAACAUGAAAGAGCUGAAGGCUCAGUACGAGACUGCUUUAGCUGAAUCAGAACGGAAAAUGAAGUUGACUCAUUCUCUAAGAGAAGAACUUGAGAAAUUUGAUGCAGACUAUAGUGAAUUUGAAACCUGGCUGCAGCAGGCAGAACAAGAACUUGACAAUUUGGAGGCAGGUGCUUCUGAUUUCAGUGGUAUUAUGGUCAAACUGAAAAGGCAAAAGAGUUUUUCAGAAGAUGUUAUAUCUCACAAAGGUGAUUUGCGGUAUAUUACAAUUUCUGGACAAAGAGUUUUAGAUGCUGCAAGGUCAUGUAGCAAAAGAGAUGGUGUGAAGGUUGACAAAGAUGGUAUUGAUACUUCAGCUACAUAUGCGGAAGUGCAAAAUAAACUGGAUAGUGCUUCAGAUCGUUUCAAAUCUCUCUAUACUAAGUGUAGCGUCCUUGGAAAUAACCUUAAAGAUCUGGUGGAUAAAUACCAGCAUUAUGAAGAUGCCUCAUCUGGACUUUUGUCAGGUCUCCAGGCUUCUGAAAUAGCUGUGAACAAACAACUAUCAGAGCCAAUUGCAGUGGAUCCCAAAAAUCUCCAAAGGCAACUAGAAGAAACCAAGGUUCUUCAGGGACAAGUGUCUAACCACCAAAUUGCUGUAGAAAAACUGAAAAAAGCUGCUGAAGUGUUAUUGGAUACAAGGGGAGAGUUGACACCAGACAAAGAUGAGAUUCAGAAAACACUGGAUGAUAUUGUGGAGAGGUAUGACAAUUUAUCCAAGUCUGUGAAUGAAAGGAAUGAGAAGCUCCAAAUAACUCUGACACGAUCCCUAAGCGUGCAGGAUGGUUUGGAUGAAAUGCUGGAUUGGAUGGAAGGUGUUGAAAAGAGCCUUGAAGAACAAGAUCAAGUGCCUUUGAAUUCUGCAGCUAUUCAGGAUAUUAUUAGUAAAAGCAUUAUGCUAGAACAAGACAUUGCGGGUCGCCAAAGCAGUAUAAACACUAUGAAUGAAAAAGUGAAGAAGUUCACAGAAACAGCAGAUCCAUCCACUGCAUCCACACUGCAAGCUAAAAUGAGUGAACUUGCAGGACGGUUUUCUGAAGCAAGUAACAAGCAUAAAGAGAAGCUUAUGAAAAUGGAGGAGUUGAAGACUAAAGUGGAGUUAUUUGAAGGUCUAUCAGAAAAACUUCAGUCAUUUCUAGAUGAGAAAAACCAGGCACUCAGUGAGACAGAGGCACCAAGAAAGGAUGUCAGUGAAGUGUCUCAAUAUAUGCAGGAAGCUAGUGUAGAAUUGGCACAACAUAAGAAAGAUCUGCAAGUUUUGCAGCAGCUUCUUGAAGAACUUUCAUUCCAUGCUCUUCCUGGAGAUAAGGCAUUGGUAUUAGAAAAAGUAAAUACUUUGUCAAAGAAGUUCAGAGAGGUGGAGGAGACUGUGAAGGAAAAAGAAGAGGAUGUAUCAUCUUGUCAGAAACAAAUGGAUACUUUCGAGCUCCUUGUAGAAUCAUUAAAGAAAUGGAUAAAAGAGACAACAGAACGAAUUCCAGCAGCGCAACCCUCUCUGAAUACAGAGGAGUUAAAGAAACCUUUGGAAGAUACAUUGAAUUUAAAAGAUGAAUGGACAUUAAAAGCAUCUGAACUGCAGAAAAUGAAUAGCAGAGGAACAUUGCUGUGUAAUCUAAUUACUGCUGUGACUUCUCCUGCCAAACUGAGAGGAGUUGCAAAAUCAGGUGGCACGAUGCUAAAUGGUGAAGGAGGAGCUCCAGGAACUCAUGAUUUCCUGAAAAAUAAAGAACUGACAUCUGUUCAACAAGCCAUGUCUGAUGUAAAUCACAGUUACGAAGAUUUGGGUGUUUUAUUGAAGGAAAAGAUUUCAGAACUAGAAAGUAUGCUUUCAAAAAUGCAGAAUAUUCAGGAAGAAUCGACCUCAAUGAUGCAGUGGUUGCAAAAAAUGGACAAAACUGCAUCAGAUUGGGAAGCUGCUCCAACUGAUAGUGAAGCAGUUAAAGCCCAAGUUGAACAACAUAAGCUUUUUGAAACUGAAUUAAAGCAAAGUGCGAAUAAAGUGCAGGAACUAAAGGACAAAGUGACAGAGCUGUUGGAGAAGAACCCUGACUCUCCUGAGGCACCCAAGUGGAGACAAAUGUUGGAUAAAAUAGAUUCCAAAUGGAAAGAGCUCAAUCAAGUUACAUCUGAGAGACAACAAAAACUGGAGGAGUCUUCGAAUUACCUGACCCAGUUCCAGACAGCAGAAGCUCAGUUAAAGCACUGGCUUGUAGAAAAGGAGCUAAUGGUCAGCGUGCUGGGACCACUCUCAAUUGAUCCUAAUAUGCUGAAUACACAAAAGCAACAGGUUCAGAUUCUGCUCAAAGAGUUUGACACCAGAAAGCCACAAUACGAGCAGUUAACUAUGUCUGGUGAAGGGAUUCUGAAGAGACCUGGUGAACAUUCACCCUCCCGUGAAAUUGUAAAAGAGCAACUGGCAGCUGUGGCACAAAAAUGGGACAGUCUAACUGGCCAACUGAGGAACAGAUGUGACCGAAUUGACCAAGCCAUUGUGAAAAGCACAGAGUAUCAAAGUCUACUCAGAAGUCUGUCUGAUAAGCUAAAUGCCUUGGAUAGCAAACUAAGCAGCAGCCUGGCUGUGAGUACACAACCUGAUGCUGUGAAACAACAACUGGAAAUUGCUAGAGAAAUGAAGGAGGAAAUAGAACAGGAAAUGAAGAAUAUAAAUGCAGCUCAAGCUCUUUGUGAAGAGCUGUCAAGACUGGUUGGAGAAGAGUAUUUGAAAGCAGAACUUACAAGGCAGUUAGAUGGCAUCUUAAAAUCGUUUAAGGAUAUUGAGCAAAAAUCAGAUAACCAUGUUCAGCAGCUUCAGUCGGCGUAUGCCGCUUCUCACCAGUUUCAGCAAAUGUCUCAGGAUUUUCAGGCCUGGCUAGGCAAAAAGAAAGAAGAGCUGAACCAGGCUCGUCCUGUAUCAGCCAAACUUGAUGCCUUGCGAUCACUAAUUGAAGAACAGAAAGAUUUUAAGAAGACCAUGACCGAUCAGAUUAGUUCAUAUGAAAGAAUUGUUGCAGAAGGAGAAAGUAUCUUACAGAAGACUCAGGGAGCUGACAAAGCAGCAUUACAAUCCCAAAUCGCCACACUCAGAAGUAACUGGGAUGAAAUGAAUAAGCAGGUAAAAGAAAGGCAAGAUAAAUUAACAGAUUGUCUGGAGAAAGCCCUCAAAUACAAGCAGCAUGUAGAAAAUCUGCAGCCAUGGAUAGAGAAGUGCCAAAGCAACCUGUGUGAAUUAAAAGUUGGCAUAAACCCUGUUGAAAUAGAGAAUUCUAUAGUUCAGGUGAAGGCCUGGCAGAAGGACCUGGAUAAACACCAUGGGAUGGUGGAGCUAUUAAAUAAUACUGCUGAAAGUUUGCUCAGUGCAAGUCAAACAGAUAAAGAAAUUGUUCAAGAAGAAACUAAGGUGCUGAAUCAGAAAGUGAAUGUGGUCACAGAACAAUUACAUAAGAAGAGAGAGUGCUUGGAAAAUAUGGCACAAAGGCUGAGGGAGUUUCAGGAAUCAUCCAGGGAAACUGAAAAACAACUUAAAAGUGCCAAAGACCAUCUGGAAGCUCACGACUUGCUUGGACCUCAGUCGUUUAGUAACAAACACCUGACGAUGAUGCAAGCCCAGCAGAAAGCCUUGCAGGCUUUAAAGCCUCAUGUUGAUUUAGCAAAAAAGCUUGCCCAAGACUUGGUGGUAGAAGCUUCUGAUUCAGCAGGUGUUUCUGACCUUUUGCUCCAAGCUGAAUCUUUGGAGCGAGAAUACACUGUGGUGAACCAGCAGGUUGAAGAUAGGUGCUCGUUCUUGGAGACAAAACUUCAGGGAAUUGGCCAUUUCCAAAACAGCAUCCGAGAGAUGUUCUCUCAGUUUGCAGAGUUUGAUGAUGAACUUGAUAGCAUGGCUCCAGUGGGGAGAGAUCUCGAGGUACUGCAAUCACAGAGAGAGGACAUAAAACAUUUCCUGAAAAAGCUGGAGGAUCUUAUCAUGAAUAAUGAAAAUGCUAAUAAGAACUGUAAAAUGAUGCUAGCCACAGAAGCUGAAGCUUCUCCUGAUCUUGUUGGUAUAAAAAGAGACUUGGAAGCUUUAAAUAAACAAUGCAACAAGCUAUUAGACAGAGCAAAAGCCAGGGAGGAUCAAGUGGAGGGCACUACUAGCCGUGUUGAGGAGUUUUACAGUAAGCUAGAAGAAUUUUCCAGUCUGCUUGGGAGAGCCGAAGAACAUGAAGAGUCGCAAGGUCCUGUUGGAAUGGAAACAGAGACUAUUAAUCAGCAGCUGAAUAUAUUCAAGAUAUUCCAGAAAGAAGAAAUUGAACCCCUGCAAGUAAAACAACAGGAGGUGAAUUGGUUGGGUCAAGGCCUUAUUCAAAGUGCUGCUAAAAGUACCAACACAGAAAACCUUGAACAUGACCUUGAAGAUGUCAACACCCGGUGGAAGACUCUUAAUAAGAAGGUUGCGCAGCGUGCUGCACAAUUGCAGGAAGCCCUCCUUCACUGUGGGAGAUUUCAGGAUGCCCUUGAAUCUCUGCUUAGCUGGCUCAUUGACACAGAAGACCUUGUGGCUAAUCAGAAACCACCAUCUGCUGAAUUCAAAGUUGUGAAGGCCCAAAUACAAGAACAGAAACUUCUCCAGAGGUUGCUGGAUGACCGCAAGCCUACCAUUGAGGUAAUCAAGCGUGAAGGGGAGAAAAUUGCAGAGUCAGCAGAACCUGCUGAUAGAGUGAAAAUCUUGAAACAGUUGAGUUUCCUGGAUAGUCGAUGGGAUGCAUUGCUCAGUAAAGCUGAAAUAAGGAACCGUCAGUUGGAAGGCAUCUCAGUGGUAGCGCAGCAGUUCCAUGAAGCUCUGGAGCCGCUGGUGGAGUGGCUGACCGCCACAGAGAAGAGUCUUGCAAAUGCAGAACCCAUUGGAACGCAGGCCUCCAAACUGCAGCAGCAAAUUUCUCAGCAUAAAGCCCUAGAAGAUGAUGUCCUAGCUCACAAUAAGAGUUUACAUCAGGCCAUUAGCACUGGUCAGUCUCUAAAGACUAUGAGCUCCAGGGAAGAUAAAGAUAUGGUGCAGGAAAAGCUAGAUUCUUCUCAGGCCCGAUACAUUGAGAUUCAAGAGAAGAGCAACAGCAGGUCUGAACUUCUCCAGCAAGCUUACAGCAAUGCUCAGAUUUUUGGGGAGGACGAAGUUGAAUUGAUGAACUGGCUGAAUGAAAUCCAUGAUAAACUGAGCAAAUUGUCAGUCCAAGACUGCAACACAGAAUUGCUUGAGAAACAGCACUCUGAACUACUGGAUCUUCAGGAAGAGAUUCUUCUUAGAAAACAAAAUGUUGAUUUGGCUAUACGAAAUGGCUUAGAGCUUCUCAAGCAAACAACAGGUGAUGAAGUUGUAAUAAUUCAAGAUAAACUGGAAGGCAUUAAAGCGAGAUACAAAGACAUUACGAAAUUGAGUUCUGAUGUAUCCAAGACCUUAGAGCAGGCUCUGCAGCUUGCAGGUCAACUGCACUCAGCGCAUGAGGAACUCUGCAAAUGGCUUGACGAAGUGGAGGUGGAGCUACUCUCAUAUGAAACUCAAAUACCAAAGGGUGAAGAAUUAAGCCAAGUACAAGAGAGACAAAAAGAGUUGAAAAAAGAAGCAAAGAACAACAAAGGCUUACUGGACACUCUGAAUGAAGUUGGCAGUGCCUUCCUGGAGCUGGUGCCGUGGAGGGCCAGAGAGGGGCUUGACAAGAUGAUAACAGAGGACAACGAACGUUACAGAUUAGUGAGUGACACAAUCUCUCAGAAGGUGGAUGAGAUCGAUGCUGCCAUCCUGAGAACCCAGCAGUUUGAUCAAGCAGCUGAUGCUGAAUUUGCCUGGAUUGCAGAAACAGAAAAGAAACUGAUGUCUCUGGGUGAUAUUAGGCUUGAGCAAGACCAGACCACAGCUCAGCUACAAGUUCAAAAGGCUUUUACCAUGGAGAUUUUGAGGCACAAAGAUACUAUAGAUGAACUUGUUAAAUCUGGGGAUAAGAUUAUGAACACAUGCACUGAUGAAGAGAAACAGACCAUGAAGAAAAAAAUGGAAAGCCUCUUACAGAAAUAUGAUGCAGUCUGUCAAAUGAACUCUGAGAGAAACCUCCAGCUGGAACGGGCUCAGUCUCUGGUUAACCAGUUCUGGGAGACUUAUGAAGAGCUGUGGCCAUGGUUAACUGAAACAGAAAUGAUCAUCUCUCAGCUUCCUGCGCCAGCUCUUGAAUAUGAAACUUUAAAGCAACAACAAGAAGAGCAUAGGCAACUGCGUGAGCUGAUCGCUGAGCACAAGCCUCAUAUAGAUAAGAUGAACAAAACCGGGCCUCAGUUGCUGGAGCUGAGCCCAGGAGAAGGUUUUUCUAUCCAAGAGAAAUAUGUGGCAGCUGACACCCUUUACAGUAAAAUUAAAGAAGAUGUCAAAAAGCGAGCACUGGCAUUGGAUGAAGCCAUUUCUCAGUGUACCCAGUUCCAUGACAAGAUAGAUCCAACUCUUGAGAGUCUGAAACGCAUAGUUGAACGUCUGAGGCAACCACCUUCAAUCUCAGCAGAGGUUGAGAAGAUUAAAGAGCAAAUCAGUGAAAAUAAGAAUGUGUCAGUGGAUCUGGAAAAACUUCAGCCGGUGUAUGAGACACUUAAACAGAGAGGGGAGGAAAUGAUUGCUCGCUCAGAAGGAGCUGAUAAGGAUAUAUCAGCUAAAGCUGUUCAAGAUAAACUAGACCAAAUGGUCCUCAUUUGGGAAGACAUCCAGACCUUGACUGAGGAAAGGGAGGCCAAGCUGUUGGACGUAAUGGAACUAGCUGAAAAGUUUUGGUGUGAUCAUAUGGCUCUUGUAGCUACUAUUAAAGAUACUCAGGACUUCAUUCGAGAACUGGAGGGACCUGGAGUUGACCCAUCUGUAGUCAAGCAACAGCAAGAAGCUGCUGAGGCUGUUAAAGAAGAAAUUGAUGGACUACAAGAAGAACUAGAAACAGUUGUGAGCCUUGGCUCUGAACUUAGAGCUGUUUGUGGAGAGCCUGACAAACCUAUUGUCAACAAGAGUAUAGAUGAGUUGAAUUCUGCCUGGGAUGCCUUAAACAAAACAUGGAAAGAACGAGUGGAUAAGCUUGUUGAAGCUAUGCAGGCAGCUGUUCAAUACCAAGAUGGACUGCAGGCAAUAUUUGACUGGGUAGACAUUGCUGGCAGCAAGUUAGCAUCUAUGUCCCCAGUUGGAACAGAUCUGGAGACAGUGAAGCAGCAAACCGAGGAACUUAAGCAAUUUAAGACAGAAGCUUAUCAGCAGCAGAUAGAAAUGGAAAGACUGAACCAUCAGGCAGAACUAUUGCUGAAGAAGGUGACAGAGGAGAGUGACAAACACACUGUUCAAGACCCUCUCUCAGAGCUCAAACUAAUGUGGGACAGCCUAGAAGAAAAAAUUAUAAAUAGACAGCACAAGCUGGAAGGUGCCUUGUUAGCCUUGGGGCAGUUCCAGCAUGCCCUGGAUGAGUUACUGACAUGGCUGACGCAUACAGAAGACUUGCUGAAUGAACAGAAACCUGUGGGUGGAGACCCCAAGGCUAUUGAAAUUGAACUUGCCAAACAUCAUGUUCUACAAAAUGAUGUUUUAGCUCAUCAGUCUACAGUGGAAGCAGUUAAGAAAGCAGGAAAUGACCUGAUUGAAUCAAGUGCUGUUGAAGAAGCAAGUAAUUUACAGAGCAAGUUGGAACUUCUGAAUCAGCGCUGGCAAAAUGUGUUGGAAAAAACAGAACAAAGGAAACAGCAGCUGGACAGUGCCUUGAUCCAGGCCCAAGGUUUCCAUGGUGAAGUUGAAGAUAUGCAGCAAUGGCUGACAGACACUGAACGUCAGCUGUUGGCAUCAAAACCUGUUGGAGGCUUGCCAGAAACAGCAAGAGAGCAGCUUAAUACCCAUAUGGAACUUUGUGCUGCCUUUGAAGCCAAAGAAGAGACAUAUAAGUGUCUAAUGCAGAAAGGCCAGCAGAUGCUCGCAAGAUGCCCGGAGUCUGCUGAAACAAACGUUGAGCAGGACAUAAAUAACUUAAAAGAAAAAUGGGAAUCAGUACAAACAAAGCUCAGUGAAAGAAAAACCAAACUGGAGGAAGCCCUCAAUUUAGCAAUGGAGUUCCACAACUCACUUCAAGAUUUCAUCAACUGGCUUACUCAGGCUGAGCAAACUCUAACUGCAGCUUCUCGGCCAAGUCUUAUCUUGGACACUGUCUUGUUUCAAAUUGAUGAACACAAGGUUUUUGCUACAGAAGUGAAUUCUCAUCGAGAUCAGAUCAUAGAGUUGGACAAAACUGGAACCCAUUUGAAAUAUUUCAGCCAGAAACAGGAUGUUGUCCUUAUUAAGAAUCUGCUGAUUAGUGUACAGAGUCGAUGGGAAAAAGUAGUUCAACGCUUAGUUGAAAGGGGAAGAGCUUUGGAUGAUGCAAGGAAAAGAGCCAAACAGUUCCAUGAAGCCUGGCACAAACUUAUGGAAUGGCUAGAAGAGUCAGAAAAAUCUUUGGACACAGAUCUCGAAAUUGCAAAUGACCCUGACAAAAUAAAGAUGCAGCUCGCACAGCAUAAGGAGUUCCAGAAAUCUCUUGGUGCCAAACAUUCUGUGUAUGAUACUACAAAUAGGACUGGACGCUCCUUGAAAGAGAAGACCACCUUGGCUGAUGACAAUUUGAAACUUGACGAUAUGCUGAGUGAACUAAGGGAUAAGUGGGAUACAAUUUGUGGAAAAUCAGUGGAAAGACAAAAUAAACUGGAGGAAGCCCUGUUAUUUUCGGGACAAUUUACUGAUGCUCUGCAAGCUCUCAUUGACUGGUUAUAUAAAAUUGAACCUCAGCUAGCAGAAGAUCAGCCAGUACAUGGAGACAUUGAUUUAGUGAUGAACCUGAUCGACAAUCACAAGGUCUUCCAGAAGGAGCUGGGAAAAAGAACGAGCAGUGUCCAGGCUCUGAAGCGCUCUGCCAGAGAGCUAAUAGAAGGCAGCCGUGAUGACUCUUCCUGGGUCAAAGUCCAAAUGCAGGAGCUAAGCACUCGCUGGGAGACGGUUUGUGCCCUGUCAGUAUCCAAGCAAGCACGACUGGAACAGGCUCUUCGGCAGGCAGAAGAAUUCCACUCCGUUGUCCAUGUCCUUUUGGAGUGGCUGGCAGAGGCAGAGCAGGCUCUUCGUUUCCAUGGGGUCCUUCCAGAUGAUGAAGAGGCCUUGCGUACACUGAUAGACCAGCACAGGGAAUUUAUGAAGAAACUGGAAGAGAAAAAGGCAGAACUGAAUAAAGCAACAGGUAUGGGAGAAGCUAUCCUAGCUAUCUGCCACCCAGACUCCAUCACCACCAUUAAACACUGGAUAACAAUCAUCAGAGCCAGGUUUGAAGAGGUCUUAGCAUGGGCUAAACAACAUCAACAGAGACUGGCAGGAGCUCUGGCUGGACUUAUUGCUAACCAGGAAUUGCUGGAAGCCUUGCUGUCGUGGUUGCAGUGGGCAGAGACUACACUUACUGAAAAAGAUAAAGAGGUCAUCCCCCAGGAGAUUGAGGAAGUUAAAGCACUUAUAGCGGAACAUCAGACAUUCAUGGAGGAAAUGACCAGAAAACAACCUGAUGUGGAUAAAGUUACAAAGACCUAUAAAAGAAAGGCACUUGAACCCACCCCAGUACAAUCUCAUAUUCCUGUCCUUGAUAAGGGGAGAGCAGGAAGAAAGCGUUCCCCAACACCAGGCAUAUAUCCGUCAGCAGCCCAGGCACAAAUUGAAACCAAGAAUCCACGGGUAAACCUUUUAGUCAGCAAAUGGCAGCAAGUCUGGCUUCUGGCCUUGGAAAGAAGAAGAAAACUUAAUGAUGCUUUGGACAGACUUGAAGAGCUGAGAGAAUUUGCCAACUUUGAUUUUGAUAUUUGGAGGAAAAAAUACAUGCGAUGGAUGAACCAUAAGAAGUCUCGUGUGAUGGACUUCUUUAGGAGGAUUGAUAAAGAUCAGGAUGGAAAGAUAACAAGGCAGGAAUUUAUUGAUGGAAUUCUUUCUUCAAAAUUCCCAACAAGCCGACUUGAAAUGAGUGCUGUUGCAGACAUUUUUGAUAGAGAUGGUGAUGGAUAUAUUGACUAUUAUGAAUUUGUAGCAGCUCUUCAUCCAAACAAGGAUGCAUACAAGCCUCUCACAGAUGCUGACAAAAUUGAAGAUGAGGUUACAAGGCAGGUAGCUAAAUGUAAAUGUGCAAAACGGUUUCAAGUGGAACAGAUUGGGGAUAACAAGUACAGGUUCUUCCUGGGAAAUCAGUUUGGUGACUCUCAACAACUGCGCCUUGUUCGUAUCCUAAGAAGUACAGUCAUGGUUCGUGUUGGAGGUGGCUGGAUGGCACUUGAUGAGUUCUUAGUGAAAAAUGAUCCUUGCAGGGCUAAAGGCAGGACAAAUGUGGAGCUGCGUGAAAAGUUCAUUUUGGCAGAUGGUGCCAGUCAGAGCAUGACAGCUUUCCGACCAAGGGGCCGUAGGUCACGACCCUCUUCAAGGGGUGCUUCUCCCAACAGAUCUACUUCUCUGUCAAGUCAAGCUGGCCAGGCAGCUGCCCCGCAAGCAGUUGCUACAAGUACACCGAAGACACCCCAUCAUUUAACACGCAACUAUGGUAAACCAUGGUUGACAAACAGCAAAACGUCAACUCCUUCUAAGCCACCAGAAUCCUCAGACUAUCAAGGGUCAUCUGCAGAGGGAACACCAAUUCAAGGAAGUAAACUCAGACUGCCAGGAUAUCUAUCAGGGAAGGGUUUUCACUCUGGAGAAGACAGCGGCAUCCUGUCAACAGCAGCUACCAGAGUUAGAGCUCAGUUUGCAGAAACCAGACGAACUCCAAGCAGACCUGGAAGCCGAGCAGGAAGUAAGGCUGGCAGCAGGUCAAGUAGCCGCCGAGGCAGUGACGCAUCUGACUUUGACAUUUCAGAAAUCCAGUCUGUAUGCUCAGAUAUGUCAGAGACUGUUCCUGCUACAAGCAGACCGACGCCCCGAGCAGGUUCUCGGCCAGGAUCAGCCAAGCCUUCUAAAAUUCCAACUCCCCAGAGAAGGCCACUAGCCAGCAAAUUGGACAAGUCCUUGAAGAGAUAAUAUGAUUGGCUCCAUAAAGGUCUUUUCCUUUUGCAUUAAGUAUUUAAGUUCGUAAGAUGUAAAAUAUUAUGUAGAAAUUAUUGUGAAAUAUCGCAAGAGGUGGAUUUUUAAUUCUGCAGAUGGCCUUAUUUGUGUAUUUGUCUUCUUAUUUUAUGUGUAUAAUUUUUGUCAGAUUUGUUUUUGUUAAUGCCAUAUCCUUUGAGAAGGGGGAAGAGUUUUAAUGUAAACUAACAGUUGUACACAGUAAUGUGUAGAAAGUACACUAAAAAUAAUUGCCGAAUGUACAGUGUACUGAAUGUACAGUAAGUCUCUGUAACCUGAAUAAAAUAGGCCUAUCACUAUGUCAUUAGUUAACAGUAAAGGAUACCUCAUGAUUUUUCUUUAAAAAAGAAAAAGAGAAUAAUAAAAAGCCAAAAGACACAAUUACACAUUUUGAGCUAACUAAACAAACACUAAAGGAUGUAUGUCAAAACUACUAAGGAAUACAAACCCACAUUCACAGUACCCAUAUUUAUACAGCAUCUCUCAGAGAACUCACAGAGUUAAUUAAGCACUUGCCAGUAAUAUGAUACUCCAAUACCUUGCAGCAUUUCUGUGCCAUUGCUUUCAAUGAGGCCAGACACAUUCUGGAUAUCUGAACUAUUAUUCUGUAAGAAUAUCAAUAUAAAGUGCAUUCAUGUAAAUGUGAGGUUUUCUUUUGCUUGAGUGGAUGGUAGCACUGUAUCAUUGAACUCAUUUUGUAUCAAAGCAAUUUUGCUUGCAGAAAGCUCCGAAAUAAACAUGUCCCUUAACUUUA